GGGGUCUGUCCGCCUUGGGGGGACAGAAAAGGGGAGGUGUCCGUCUGUCCGUCUGUCUGUCCGUCCGGGGGUGGGGGCACCGCCGCACCCUCACCUCCCCGCUCCGCAGCGUCUCCCCCAUGAGCCUCCCCCGGGAUGAGCUCCAGGGCCAAGCGGGUGCUGCUCACCCGCCCUGAGCCCCCCAGCGCGGAGCAGAUCCUGGCCGACGUGCAGGGCUCGCACCCCUCCGACCCCGUGUUCGUCCUCCCCGCCGAGCCCCCCCAGGAGCCCGGCCCCGCUCCAGGCUGCCCCGAGCCCGCGGAGCGGGAGCGGCUGUACCGGCAGAUCCGCUCCUACGUGGCCAUGAACCAGCGGCUGCAGCAAUCCCGGGAGCAGCUGCGGGAGCGGCGCCGGGAGCUGCAGAGGGUCGGGGAGGAGCUGGACCGCGGCAUCGCCGAGAUGAGGCACAAAGCGUUCUGAGGAAGCCUGCUGGGCGCCUCGGGACACCCCACGCCGUGGUUUCACCUUCCCAAAACCGUUUGCAUCGCGAGGAUCCGGGUUUGCCGGGGCAGCCCCGGCUGUGCCAUCCCAGUGACCUCUUGCCAGGGAGCUCUGCCAGCACGGCGGCACCUUCUUGGUGUUGGGAUGAAGGCUUGCACCCCUCCUUCUGCCCCUGAGCCGGCUGCCACGUCCCCCGUGGGUGGCACGUCCUCUGCUCUCUACGACUUUUCCCUCUGGUACGUCCCCGAGGAUGACCACGUCGCCUCCCGCAUCGCAGGGCGCCUGAGGGAGGAGGGAUUUCGGGGCUUCACCGAGCACCAGGACCAAGUGGCCGGGACAUCCGUCAUCCUGUCGGCCAUGGAGGCCAUCGAGGCCAGCCGGGUGGCCAUCCUGCUGCUCUCGUCCAAGUCCGUGGGCGACCGGUGGUGCCAGCGCGUGUCCCAGUGGAACCUGUUCCGCAGUAUCCACCAGCGCGGCCCCAGGGUGGUCCCCGUGUGCGUGGGGGUGACCAGAGCCGAGGUGCCCGCGUUCCUGCAGCACCUCGUCCCGCUGGAAUACCAGAACGAGUUCUUCUUCCAGCGGCUGCUGGCCAGCCUGAGGGCCCGCCCGAGGAGCGGGCACCGGCGGGUCCCGCCCGGGGGCACGAACUGAGGCACCGCCGGGGCCGGCUCGGCGGCCAGCACCGCCCCACGGUGUGGAAAACUGCCCUGUUUUGCUAAUAAAGGUGCUGGCAAUGCAUCACGCAG